AUGGCUCCGCAUGUACAUUUCAUCACAGGUAACUCCAACAAGUUACGGGAGGUGAAAGCUAUUCUCGAGCCCGAAAUCGAAGUACGAAGUCUUCCUAUCGACUUGGAAGAAGUGCAAGGAUCAAUGGAGGAGGUAACACGGUCAAAAUGCCAAAGGGCGGCAGACAUCGUGGAUGGGCCCGUGUUGGUAGAGGACACUGCGUUGUGUUUCAAUGCACUAGGUGGUCUGCCCGGCGUCUACAUCAAAUGGUUCCUUUCAGCCAUUGGUCUCGAAGGCCUGAAUAACCUCCUAGCUGCGUAUUCAGACAAAUCAGCCGACGCAGUCUGUACAUUUGGCUACUCAGAAGGCAGAGGCACAACACCAAUUCUUUUCCAAGGUCGUUGCCCGGGCAAAAUUGUGCCUGCACGCGGCUCGACACGGUUCGAGCUAGGAUGGGAUCCAAUUUUCGAACAUGAUGACAAGACAUUCGCUGAAAUGGAACCUGAAGACAAGAACAAAAUCUCGCACCGAGCUAAAGCGCUCGGCAAGCUGCAGGAGUACUUCAAAGAGCAUGUAGCUGGCGCCUGA